CGCGCGUGCGCGUGCGCGACCCGCCAUUGUGCGAUUUUGGCGCGCGCGUCCACGCAGCCAGCAGCUGAGCGAGGAGCCCGGCGACUGCAGAGCUGGAGGGAAGCGGAGAAGGAGCUGCGUGCAGCACAGCAAUUCGAAACGGCACGGGGGGGAAGCUGGAGGCUCCUCGCUGCAGAAGCCAUCAGCCCCGUGUGACCCAGCAGUCCCACCUGUGAGCCCACACUUGGCUUGGACCCUUAGCUGUUUCCCUCCCUUCAGUAGAGGGCGCCACAUUCUCUGUGUCGAUCACACCCAUCUAAACCAUGGGAAAGAAGAGUCAGCGGCGUCUAGAAGAAAAAUCGUCAUCUGAUGAGGAAGAGUAUGUUGUAGAGAAAGUGCUGGACCGGAGAACGGUUAAGGGCCGAGUAGAAUACUUCCUCAAGUGGAAAGGCUUCUCAGAAAAGCACAACACAUGGGAACCAGAGAAGAACCUGGACUGUCCUGAGCUCAUCGCCGAGUUCAUGAAGACCUAUAAGAAGGGUGGCAGCAAUGCCAGCAGCGGAGGGGGCAGGUCUGCCAGCACGGGCUCAUCCGGGGCAGCGCGUUCCAAGGACAACGCUGGAACCAAGAGGAGAAAUUCUGCAGAGGAGGAGGAAGAAGGGGGCAGCAAGACCAAGAAGAAGAAGGAGGAGGAUAUCCUGAUCGCACGGGGCUUUGAAAGAGGCCUAGAGCCGGAGAAGAUCAUUGGAGCCACAGACUCUUGCGGGGACCUCAUGUUCCUCAUGAAAUGGAAGGACUCCGACGAGGCGGACCUGGUGCUGGCCAAGGAGGCCAACCAGAAGUGCCCGCAGAUCGUCAUCGCCUUCUACGAAGAGCGCCUCACGUGGCACGAGGAUGGCGACAAGAAGGAGAAGGGAGCCGUGAGCGUGUGAGCAGCAGCGCUUGCCGCAGGGCCGCCCUCGCCACGGCUGCCGGCUGUCGCUGCCUGCCCUCUGCUAAAGACUCAACUGUUUUUAAAAUACACAAACAGAAAGCAAACAGCAACGGCGGACACUGCCCACAUCAUGACAGUUCCCCUCCCUCUCCUCCUCCCGAGCUCCUCAUGUGUACAGCCAUAUCUUAACAAGAACCAUGUCCAUGUCUAAGAAGAACGUGGCAACAGGUGGAGAAGCAGCACUGGACAGAACACAUGGAAAGUCAGUACUGGACAGUACAGAUAGAGCAGCAGUACUGAGAAGAAGGGUAGAGGUGGACAAUCUCUUUCUUUGACAUGAUCGGUGGUGGGAGUGGUGGGAAGGGGGCUGGUGUACACUUUUCUUUCUUGUUCUUCUGUCCUUUGCUUCUCAAAAAAAA